UGAGAUGGCAAGUCGGUUGUCCGACAUUUGUUAACAAACUUCAUAAUCCAUAUGAUCCGACAAAACCAACAGAUCAAAACAAAAUCGAUCUAUAAUCCCUGGAUUGAAUUAGGGUUUACAAAACAGGCCAAUUGUUAAUGGAAUCUCUCUGUGUCAAGAGUUGAAUCGUGACCUUUGGUAAUGAAUACUCAAACUCAAGCAUAUGGCGAGCCAUGGUACUGGGACAACCGCUACACACAGGAUCCUGGUCCCUCCGAUUGGUACCAAAAGUACCCUUCUCUUUCACCUCUCCUUCGCCUUUACAUCCCUCACCACCACCAUCGUGUCCUCGUCGUCGGCUGUGGGAAUUCCGCCUUUAGUGAGGGAAUGGUUGAUGAUGGAUAUGAGGAUGUUGUAAACAUUGAUAUAUCCUCGGUCGUGAUCGAGGCUAUGCAGAAGAAGUACUCCAAUCGCCCCCACCUCAAAUGUAUGUAUCUUCUAUUCAUUUGAAUCAAUCUACACUUUUAUGAUCUUUAAAUUGAUUGGGGUCUGGGCUAACAUUGUUAAUCUUGAUAGGAGAGUUGAUUGUCUAGAAGAAUGGGCUAUUUUAAUUUGCGAGGAUGCAAGUAGAUCAUUAAGUCCUUCUUUUAAAUUGUUCAAGUUCUUGUUUUGCUUUUAUUCUUCUUAUUAUUGGAGUUCUUGUUCUUCGGGAUUUGCUUGUCUUAGGAUCCAUCUGGCAUGCCUUUUGAGAAGCCAGAAGGAGGUUUUAUGAUCCAAAAGUUGCUUACAGAUUCAUUUAGUUAAUUUUUUAAAGAUGUUUCUUCUAAUUAACCCAGACUCUCUCUUUUGAGCCCGUUAUAUGGAUUCUCGAGAAGAGAGGAGCAGUGGGCCCCCCCCCCCCGGGACCGCUCGAAUCCCAUGAGUGAAUCGAAAGUUGGAUACACAUUGAAUCUAACCCAAAUCGCCCUAUCUAUCCUCUAGAGGAGAGGUUUGGUUUCAAACCCUGAUUCGAAUAGGAGGAGUACGACAUGCUAAUGUGCCUUGGAUCAUACACAUCUCUGGGUCAGGCGUCGACCUUAGAAGUACUACUAAUUGAGUUGAGGAAUCAAAUUGUAUCAAUUAUUUUAUAUAUUGUUCUGCAACGCGUUUUGAACUAUUUAAAAUCAAAAUAUCUUAAUUUCCAAAGGCGAUUCUAGGGUUUGAUUGCCAAAGAAGAAAAAAUGAUAGAAUGCAAAAGCAAAGGCAAUAGAAACAAUGUAGGAAAAUUUUUGGGCUCAUGAAGGGUAACAACUGGUCCAUUAAAAUUGCCAAACCAGUUUUAAAAAGUCUAUUGGUAGAGUUUUUUAAGGUAUAGGGAUAGUGAUUUUUUUUUUUUUUUUUU